AAUAGAGAAGAAGGCAAGCAAGAAGAAUCGCGUCAAUUUGUAGGACCACAAACUUCCGAUCCAUCAGAUCUGUCUUCUCCCAAGACAAACGACUGCCAAGAAGUGAAUGAGAAGAUUAAUGAUUAUGUAGAGGUGGAAGAAAAUGCCAGAGAUAGUAAUGGUCAAUUUGUAGAACGGAUAGAAGAUUAUAAAACAACGUCAAAAACUUGUCGAUUGUGGGUCCUCCGCAGUGGUACUAACGUUGGAGAGGUAUUAGCAAGAUAUGUGGAAACUAUUCCAGAGGCUCAAAAAUGUUUAAAUCUUGCAUAUUGGAACAUCCUUGAUCUUACUGAGGAUACCCUAAUAAGACCUUUAUUCACAGCGAAUGACUGGGAAGAAAUAACGGAGAGCUUCGAAAGAGAGGUAACCUUAAUCGAAUCAGAUAUACCGGAUGUCAUGAUACAUUUUUUUAAUGAAGUGGAAAAGAUAACAAACAAAGAAAACGAAAGCAUUAUUAAGGAAAUCGAAAGAUUAUCUCCAGAAAUAAUUGAAAAGAACAAUCAUGUUGAGCUAACAAACGACGAAAAAGAUAUUGUUGAUAAUAUCAGACGUGCUAUCAUAACAUAUGCUGAAAAUUUAAAAGGGCUCGAACUGCCUGUUUCAGAGAGCGAUUUUGACAACAAUUUUCCGAAAAUGUUGACAAAACGAUUCUUAAACAAAGAAGACCUCAAGAUGGAUGGUGGAGAAAUUGCCUGCUGGGCUUCUUCCUGUGCACGAAUAGACCAGAAGUGUGAUUUUCGGGGCACAUUAAAAAAUAGUGUUAAUAGUCUCGAAGCAAUCAUUGGGCUUAGAAGCGGUGGUCUACCAGUCGCAAAUCGCAGGAAAAUAUUAGAGGAUCGUAUUGAUCUUUCCGUAGCUAUGUGUGAUGUUUUGUACGAUUUCUUUAAGUCUAAUUCGAAGGCACCUGGAGGCGAUCUCCAUCGCACAUAUGUUCUCAGAAUCCAAUCUUGGGGGUGGGUUCACGAAACAUACGGGAUGGACUGUAAGGCCACAAACGUAUUACACCUUGGAAGACUUUCCCAGACAAGGAUGCCAAACACCCAGAAAUCGCUUGCAAUUCUUGAAGGAUUUUAUGCACUCAUGUCAGAUGUCAAGGCCACGUUGAAGGCAAUUUGCGACCAUUCAAAUAAAGUCUCACUUUCCAAUUCGCGUGCACAUAGAGAUCGCAAGAGGAAAAAUUCAGUACGUAACAAGCAAUUCGGAUCGUUUGGAACACCUUCAGAAAGCCUAAAGAAAAGUAAAUUGCGUGAUGAUUUUUAA